CUCCUCCUCGCGGGCGGAGGCCGGAGGUGCGCGGCGGCCUCCGGAGACCAGCUAGUCACUAGACUGGAGUGAGGUGGACGUUCCAGCCGCCUAGGAUGAGGAGGUGCGGCCGCCGCUCGGGGCCGCCGUCUCUGUUGCUGCUGCUGCUCCCGCCGCUGCUGCUCGCGGUGCCCGGCGCUGGCGCGGCCCGGCUCUCGGUGCUCUAUUCGUCCUCGGACCCGCUGACUCUGCUGGAUGCCGACACCGUGCGCCCGGCUGUGCUCGGCUCCAGCAGCGCCUGGGCGGUGGAGUUCUUCGCCUCCUGGUGCGGGCACUGCAUUGCCUUCGCUCCGACGUGGAAGGAGCUCGCCAACGACGUGAAGGACUGGAGGCCAGCAUUGAAUCUUGCUGUCCUGGACUGUGCUGAUGAGUCCAACAGCGACGUCUGCAGAGAAUUCAACAUCGCUGGCUUCCCAACUGUGAGGUUUUUUAAGGCCUUUUCCAAGAAUGGUUCUGGAACAGCAUUACCAGCGGCUGGUGCUAACGUGCAGACGCUGCGUAGGCGGCUCAUUGAUGCUCUGGAGUCCCACCGUGACACGUGGCCCCUAGCCUGUCCACCCCUGGAGCCUGCCAAGCUGAAGGAGAUCAAUGAAUUCUUUGUAAGAAAUAAUACAGAGUACCUGGCCCUGAUCUUUGAAAGAAAAGAUUCCUACGUGGGUAGAGAGGUAACUCUGGACCUGUCCCAGUACCACACUGUGGCAGUGCGCAGGGUCUUGAAUACAGAGAGCGACGUGGUGAGCAAGUUUGGUGUCACUGACUUUCCAUCUUGCUACCUGCUGUUUCGGAAUGGCUCUGUCUCCCGAGUGCCUGUGAUGGUGGAGUCCAGGCCUUUCUAUACAGCCUACCUGCAGGGCCUGUCGGGACUGCCUAGGGAGGCUCCCCCAACCACAGCCGCACCAGUGACUCCUAAGGAAGUAGCACCCACAGUGUGGAAGUUUGCAGACCGGUCCAAGAUCUACAUGGCCGACCUGGAGUCUGCACUGCACUACAUCUUUCGUGUAGAAGUGGGAAAGUUCUCAGUUCUGGAGGGACAGCGCCUGGUGGCCCUGAAAAAGCUUGUGGCAGUCUUGGCCAAGUACUUCCCUGGGCAGCCUUUGGUCCAGAACUUCUUGCACUCGAUAAACGACUGGCUGCAGAAGCAGCAGAAGAAGAAGAUCCCCUAUAGCUUCUUCAAAGCUGCUCUGGACAGCAGGAAGGAGGGCUUCGUUCUUGCUGAGAAGGCGAACUGGGUUGGCUGCCAGGGCAGUGAGCCACAUUUCCGGGGCUUCCCCUGCUCCCUGUGGGUCCUCUUCCACUUCCUGACUGUGCAGGCACACAGGCACAGUGAAAACCACCCACAAGAACCAGCUGAUGGCCAGGAGGUCCUUCAGGCCAUGCGAAGCUAUGUCCGGUACUUCUUUGGCUGUCGUGACUGUGCUGACCAUUUUGAGCAGAUGGCGGCCGCCUCCAUGCACAAGGUGGGAAGUCCCAGUAGUGCAGUCCUCUGGCUCUGGACUAGCCACAACAGGGUUAACGCUCGCCUCUCAGGUGCUCUGAGUGAGGACCCCCACUUCCCCAAGGUUCAGUGGCCACCACGUGAGCUCUGUUCUGCCUGCCAUAACGAACUCAACAGCCAGGUGCCUGUGUGGGACCAAGGUGCCACCUUCAACUUUCUCAAGGCUCACUUCUCCCCAGCAAACAUCAUCAUAGACCCUCCUGCAGCUGGACCCGCAGCCCAGAGUGGUGCCCAGAACCCAGAAGCCAAACCAGAGCUGGUAAUGGAUGCAGCAGAGCUAGAGACCAGAAACUCAGUGCUGGGCCACGAGUGGGCUGCUUCUGCAGAGCCCCCAGGAGCCACUGCCCUAGCCGGUCCCUCUGAGAAUCCUGGAGCAAUUGACCCCCAGGAACUACACACAGGCCUCAGAAUGAGUGGAGCGCCACCAGGGCAGGGCCCUCCUGCCCAUGUGCAGGAGCUUCCAGGGGCUGUGCAGGAGAAUGCCCAGGGGCAGCAACACUUGAGCGAGAGAGACACUGAGGCCUUACUGCUGCCUGAGGUGAACCACCUCCAAGGCUCUUUAGAGCUAAGGCGAGGGGGCCGCAGCCCCAAGCAGCUAGCCAGCAUACUUGAAGGGGAGCCAGAGGCCCUAGAUAGACAGGGCCAAGGCCAGUGGCUGCAGGUUCUGGGUGGAGACUUUUCCCACCUGGACAUUAGUCUCUGUGUGGGGCUCUACUCUGUGUCCUUCAUGGGCUUACUAGCCAUGUACACCUACUUCCGGGCCAGGAUAUGGAUCCUGAAGGGCCAUGCCAGUCACCCCACAGCCUGAACUGCCCAGGGAGAGGACAGAAAAGGGAGCUGCUGUCCAUACGGCUUUUAGCCCACUAGCCCCUUGCUUCCCCUCUACCCCUUGUUCCUUUGUCUAGCCUAGGAGAGUAGCGAGUCCAAGAAGGCGAGUUGUCGCAGUGAACCUCUUGAGUCUGCUG